UCCGCUUACUUUUUUUUUUUCAACACAGGUGCGCAUGCGUGGAAGGCUUGCUCGCGAGGCCUAGUCUACUCUGAGACCCGUCGCGUCCCGUUGAGUCAGGAGUAGUCUGCGGCUCUGGAGGUUUUUCUUUUAUGCCUCCUUCAGGCUUCUUGCUCUUGAAAAACACGCUGACCAGACUGGCUGGUUUCUCUCAAGGACCAAGACUCUGGGAGGGAAAGCCUUUUUUAUUGCCUCAGUGGCCUGGAUCUUUGGUCCUCGCUGUGAGCAAAAAGAGCUCCAACAACCUCCUUCCUCUAAAUGAAGCUGAUUUGGAAGAGCAGUUUGUCCGUGGUUCUGGACCCGGAGGCCAGGCAACGAAUAAAACCAGCAAUUGUGUGGUCCUGAAGCAUCUUCCCUCAGGGAUUGUAGUCAAGUGCCAUCAGACUAGAUCAGUAGAGGAGAACCGUAAGAAAGCCAGAACGAUCCUCCAGGAGAAAGUUGAUGUUUUCUAUAAAGGUGAAAGCAGUGAUGUCCUUAUGGAGAAGAAGGAAUCAGAAAAGAGGAAGCAAGAGAAGAGGAAGCAAGCAAAAGAAAACCUUGAAAGGAAAAGAAAAUUGAAAGAAAUGCAGGAGUUGGAUAAAAAAUAAGGAUUUGAAUGCUGAAGGGUAUAUCUGGGGUUUUCUUUCUGGCCCUUUGUUGUGAUUUUGAAAGCACCCAUUUGGAAUCACAAGAUGUUACAGACAAAACAUUUAAAAAUGAUGGUAGCACUGAGGUGUUGUAACUCUUUCUCCUGUCAGAGUCGUAAUCUUCUGUGGGGAAGAGCUGCAAAAUGCUCCUCUAACCCACAAUAUUUUGAUGGACUAUUCAAUAAAUUUCUUUUGAGCAAA